UGUUCCCGGGAGCUGCCGAAAUGCAAUACUUGCAAGCCAUGGCCAGGCGAGUGCAUCUAUUCGAGAGAUACAUUCGACGUCAACUCUUUGGGUGCUGCGUCAGCUGAUGAGCGUACCAUAGAGAGUCGACUACAAGAUCUUGAGGAGCUAGUACAGCAACUGUCCAAGUCCGUCGAUAAAGCCUUACAAGUCAUUGCCUCUGCACCCGCUCGGACCGAUGAUCCGAGGCCACCAUCCGACACUGACCAAAGAACUGUGGUUGAGAAAGAUCGUUCUAAUCCCAUGCUCUACAUCGGCCCGUCGCAUUCAUUCUCAUUCUUGCGAGAGGCGUCAGCAAGCAUCGAGAAGAUACCCCGACCACCGAGUGAUGCCACUCACCUGAGUGCCCGCUCCGAGCUUCGAUAUCUAUCUAGCCAGCUAGGUACUAGUCACGUUGAGCAGAUGACUGAAAAAAGUGCAGCAGUCUUUCAUGUACCCUCCAAAGCAACGGGCUACCGAAUGAUCAGUCGAUUCUUUCAGAUAGCUGACGUUGGCAAACCAUUUUUCAUCAGUCCGCCGGAUGAAGUCAUGGUGCAAGUUGUCUUUGAACCACACAGGGUACAGGAAAAGGCUUGGGUCGUCUACUUCAACUACAUGCUGUUGGCAGCCGUGCCCGUCGAGGAGGAUAGCGAGGAAGGGGCAGUGUUACGUCGAAACGUGCAUUUGGCCCUCAGCAACAGCAGCAUCUUCCUCGAGCCGCGCGAGGUCAACGUGCAAGUACUAGCCUUUCUAGCUAUGCAUGGCGAGGACUACGCCGCGCCCAAUACCUCGUGGAUGUUGCUCGGCAGCGCAUGCAGGCAGGCGGAAGCGCUCGGCAUGCAUAUAUCUGGUCCUCAAGGCUCGUCUGAAUCGCGACAGCAUCAACUGUGUCUCUUCUGGCUUCUCUUCUUGAUGGACAAAUCCUGCUCUCUUGCCUUCGGCCGCCCUGUCUUCUUGCCCACCCCUUUGUAUCACCAUGUUCCUCUGCCGAACGAAAGUACCUUGCUCAUGUUCCAGCCUCAUACUCGUAUGCACGGUACAGAGAUCCCCCAACGAGUCUCUCACUUCGGUGCACAGAUGCUUCGUUGUUCUAUCGAACUAGCAAAGCUGAUGGGAAUCCUUGCGGAUAUCCUUGCUACUGGUCACUCCGCAAUCUACUCGCGCAUGGAACUACGAUCCAAGCUGAAUGCUUGGUACUCGUACUCUAACCAGCGUAUGGCAGAAAUCCUGGAAUUUGAGAGAGCCUCAUCCACAGCAGACCAAGUCCGGGAGAUGGCUCUCGGCAUCAACAGCAUGAAGUUCCAGUACCUGCACGUGCUGAUCCUGCUGCUAAAAGGCGAGGAGUUUUCGUCAAGUCUGCGUCUAUCGUCCGCCCGCGAAGCCCUAUCCCUUCUGACGUCAAUGGUCUCCAAUUGGAACUCUGUAUACAACGGCGUUAUCUGGCAUCUUCUUUACUACCCCUUCACUUCUUUCUUCGUCAUUUUUGAGAAUAUCGUGCACCAUCCAGGCCCUAUGACACCUACCGUUGAACACGAUCUGAACCUUCUCGCGACAACGGUGACGUAUUUCGCAAGCAUGCGCUCGCAAAUGCGUCUCCUGGCGACGCUGUGUAUCAGGCUCGAGCAUGUUGCGGCUACCUUCUUGCAGCUGGCGAGGAAUGUUCACUCCGCUUCCACUGGAACGGAAGGUCCGCCGUGUGAAUGGCACGAUCACGAGCGCACUCGCGUAGAGGUAGAAGAACUCAACGGUUCCAGCUACCUUGACUUGCUUCCGGCUGAUAUGGGAGCCCUGCCUGGACAUAAUCCUCUAGGUAAGGGUAAAGAGACUCGACGGACGUUUGAUAGCAUGUUUGAUUGGUUCUCCUGGGAUACGUAUUAUGGAGAUCUCCAGGGGUAG